AUUCAUACCGAGUCCCAACCUCCGAUCAAAUCCCCUCCAACCCAAUCCGAAUCCUAGUGGGAGUGAACAGGAGCAAGGCAUUAUCCAUCACUGCUCGCCCCUGCAAUCAUGGCAGGACAUAUUGAGUUUUUGUCGGACCUAAACCCUCCGUCCCUCGAGCGCACCUGGUUGACCGCGCCGCACCCCACCCUUCCAAUAGUCGCAACCUGCAGCUCUGACAAAACCGUUCGAGUCUACUCGCUGACGAAUUUCCGGUUACUUUCGACUAUCUCAGGCGGUCACAAGCGCAGCGUGCGCACCGCUGCUUGGAAACCGCAUGUGCAAGGCGAAAGCGUUCUGGCCUCGGGCAGCUUCGAUGCUACCGUGGGAAUCUGGCGCCGAUGGGACAGUUAUGGCCGUGACGAGGCGGACGCAGAUGGUCUGGGCCCCCAGGCUGAAUCUGUCGAUGGCGGUGGGCGCGAUAGUGACGGUGGCAAUGGCAACGACGAAGACGACGAAGAGUGGCGGUUCGCAGUUCUUCUCGACGGGCACGAUAGCGAGGUCAAAUCUGUGUCGUGGUCCCCCUCGGGGAUGUUGCUGGCAACAUGCUCUCGUGACAAAUCCAUCUGGAUCUGGGAGGACCUAGAUGACGGCGAUAACAACUUCGAGACGGUGGCCGUUAUGCAGGAGCACGAGGGUGACGUGAAAUGCGUCGCCUGGCACCCGGUCGAAGAGUGCCUGGCCAGCGCUAGCUACGACGAUACCAUUCGGCUGUGGCGGGAAGACAUCGACGACUGGGGUCAGGUGGCCUGUAUCAAGGGCCACGCCGGCACUGUUUGGUAUCUGGACUGGGAGGGUGUUGACAACGUACCGUCCUUCGCAGGGGAAGCGCAGUCGACGCUCGUCUCCCAGUGGAAGAGCCAACACGCAUUAUCAGGGCCCCGACUCGCCUCAUGCUCUGAUGACCGAACCGUCCGCAUCUGGCGGCGACAUGCGAAGGAGCAGCAGACGCAGCCGCCGUUCGGGGGUGCCGGCAUGCCCAGCAUCAUCCGGCCGACGGGCACCGAUGAAGUCUGGGAGGAGGAGACAGUUCUGCCAUCGAAACAUGAGCUCUCUGUGUACGCGGUAUCCUGGAGCAAACGGACUGGGCUUCUUGCGUCAGUGGGCGCGGAUGGGCGCAUCGUCGUAUACCAAGAGCGGUUUGUAGCCACUGGGUUGACCCAGACCAACAAUACCGAUGUUCCCAGUGACGACGCCGGUCUGCCCGCGCCCCGGACGGAGUGGGAGGUAACUGCGGUCGUCGAUGGUGCACAUGGUAUCUACGAAAUCAAUCAUGUCGCCUGGGCCAAGCGUGCCGACCGAGGCCGGGAGGCGGGUCAAGACCAGGAAGUCCUGAUCACCACGGCCGAUGACGGAAGUAUAAAAGUUUGGACGGUUGGAUGUUAGAAGCACAGCUUCUCGCUUUGAGAGGGGAGGAGAAUACCCGGGCAAUGAUGCAUUCAAGGCGUUGCUCUCUUGUGGUUGGUGUAUCUACGGUAUAUACUGGCGUUCUUCGUCUUCCAAUGCAUUAGAUCGAGGGAAAGGCUGGUCAUUAGAGCGUUCUAUUCUACUUCAGCCUGCUUGUCAUCGAGGACCAAAUGGACAUGAUCUGUAUCAAGAGGCACAAAUACAACCACAGGCCAAGAAGCUUCUACAAAUCCAAGCCUCACCUUUGCCAAUUAUGGAUCAAUACAGUUC